AUGUCUCCAGGACACGGUUUGAACGUGCGCCGGUUUUACAUGUGGAUUUACUUCAUGGUGGCGUUAACGCUCGAAAAUUAUCUUAUGUGUAGAGGCGUGCGCGUGCAGGGAGUGGCGCACGUAACACUCAACGAUACUCAAGAUCCAUCGUUGUUCCUGAAGGGGCUGUACACGCGAUACUUGCCACUCGCCACCAUUAUCGAUUACGUCAUUUUGAUUGGUUUCUUCCGUAUAGACGUGCACGGUCGACCAAUGCACGACUUUGAAGACGCUGGUAUUCUCAUACGACACGUCGUCAAGUCGGUGAUGCGUCAUCCCGCGGUUACGUUGAACAUCGUCGGUUAUAAAUACUCUGGGCACAGCUUUGACCCGGCUCAAAUUGUGACGUUACUCGUCGCGCCACCGCUCGUGGCUAUGGCGCUCAUCAGCGCCAUGGAAAGGUUUAAAGCCGCGCUCGCGUGCUGUGUCCUGAAUUUUAUCUUGUAUCCCACGUUUUAUGUCGGGCUGGACAACAUCGCUCCGAUAUAUCGCGGCAUACGUAUGCACUUUAGCGUCAAAGGAUGGGUUGUCGCGACGCUCGCGCCGCUCGCGCUCCGGUAUCACUUGAAUGCGAUGUCGCGUGUUACUGCUUACUUACGCGGUAGACUGAGCCUGAGUUUGGUAGCAACGGGUUUGGACGCGUUCGCGGUGCGCCGCGGUUUACUCUUCAAAGCUUGGCGUCGUGCGACGGAUAAAUAUUUGCUCGGCAAAGACACCCAAAAGAGCGACUUGUCGGAAUUUAAGAUGCGAAGUUCGUCGACGCUUGGCAUAAGCGUUCAAGAAGUCGCACACAUCUCCAAAGAGCUGCACAUGAGCGUUCAAGAGAUGAGAGCUCACAUGGACGGCGUGCGAGUCGCGUUCAAGCCUAAGCAAACCAACAGACAGAAAGAGUCUAUGAAACGUCAACUCACCGAAUUUGCGGAGCUUUUUACCGAUGAAGUGAACGCAUCGCCGUCCAAGUCGGUUGACGUCGACUUUUCUGCGCAAGAGGUUUGGUUGCGAGGUAUCGAGCUCAUUAACACACCGAACGGCGAGUUCGCGAUGUUUUUGAAAAAACUGCAGUCGACUAGCUCCAAUGAGUGCGUUACUCAAGUCGACGUCUUUACUCGGAAUCAACGAGAUACGUUCGCUCGAGUGCAAGGUCCAUUGAAAUUCAUGCACGUAGGGACGCAAAGCACUCAAGCAGUCGCACCUUGCAUCGUCGGCUCCAGCGCCGUAGCCGUCGCGGUGGGGAGCGCACGCGCCAUUACGUUCAUCGGUAGAAGGUUGAAUGAAUCAGACAUGACAGUGCGCGUCGGUAGCGGAUCGACGCGUCCAGCCAUGGGUGGUAGACCCAUGAAACGCCUUCAGGCUGCGACGCGCCCGCGAAGAGAGGCGCGCAAAAUGAUCGACGUCGAAUUGAUUACGAACUUGAACGACGCCGAUUUGCACGCGGUCUCCGAGCGAUCCGACGACUUCGAGACAUACGAAGUCACGAUUUCCGUGCUCAGUACUGCGUCUCGGCAAUUAAAAGAGCAAGGUCACUUUGUGUUUCAGGCUUCGAACGAGACGAAUGGCACGUCUCAGGUCUUCCCGAUAAUCGCCAGCUCACACGUGGAGAUGGUGACGGAGCUCAAUCGACAUUUCGGCCUCAGACCCAUCAGAUCGAGCGAGCGAAUAUUCUUGCUCGCGGUAGGACACGCCUUGGCGGGUGAAUAUUCAAGAGAUGUCGUCGGGCGACUGAUUCGCGUCGCGUACGGUCAGGAGCUCACGCAUCUCGCCGCAGCUCUUAUGGAGUUUGCCUGA